AUGCCAAUUGAUAUAUACAUGUUUAAAGUUAGUCCUCCUUGUAGGGCAGUGCUGAUGACAGCUCUGGAAAUCAAUGUAAAACUCAAUGAAAAACUAAUAGAUCCAUCAAAAGGUGAACUAUUAUCACCAGAUUUUGUUAAGUUGAAUCCCACACAUGCCGUUCCCGCUAUCGAUGACAACGGUUUUGUUAUGUGGGAAAGUCGGGCUAUAAUGCAAUUCCUGUGCAACAAGUAUGCACCGGAUAGUACACUGUAUCCCAAAGAUGCUAAACUAAGAGCACAGGUAGAUAUGUGGCUCAAUAUGGAUAUAUCAUUGUAUAUUAAAAUAAGACAAACUUUGGUUACCGGCUAUUAUGGUAUGCCUGUAAAACCUGAAGAUGAAAAACAAUUGUGGGCUAACAUUAAACUCAUCGAUCAAUUGAUCGGCAAUCGGCAAUACCUGGUCGGCGAUCGUCUAACAAUCGCCGAUUUGUCGUUGUUGGCCACCAGUGCCGGUACGACACUCUUGGAUCAGGAUCUCACAGAGUAUCCACAUUUCAAACAAUGGAGCGAUGGAUUGGCACAAUCGCUACCCUAUUAUCAGGAGAUCAAUAUCGUGGCGCCGGAAGUCAGACAACAGUUCAUUAACAAUAUGAAAGCUUAUAUGUCAAAGAUGAAGGAAAUGAUGAAUAAAUAA